ACGCAGCGAUUAUCUCAGACCUCCCCAUCACUCACGCUCAAGGCGGUAACGGGCCCGGUGCGACGGGGGGCUGCGCCAUCGCAAGUUAAUAAUAACUCGUUAACAAAAAAAAAGUCUGGAACGUUACGAGGCAAUAACCUUUCUUUUUUCUCUGUAUGGAUUUACUUCGUUGCUGAGCUUUUAACGGCGAAGACAAUUUUUUUUCUGUUUUUCUUUUGUCCCUCUCGUUAUAUGUUCUGUAAGUUAUUGGCAGCGGUCAGAUUCCUAAUAAAAGGUCGGAGAAACGCACUCGGGAACUCCAGGAGCACAGCAUGCGCGUCGGCCUGGUGCCGUCGUCUCCGUUUCGCACUUGGCCGCUCGGGGUCCACGAGAUAGACACACGGCCCUCGCGCUUGCCCCGCCGUGACAAGUCAGGAAUCGGCGGCAUGAGGAGAAAGUAGAAAGUCACAGCAGCUCCUCCGCAGAACCCGUCAGCAUUCCGAAGCCGGCGAGAAGGAAUGCACAAACUACAAUAGAUACCGGUUGAGGCAUAGACAAGGCGAAUAAGAAACCUGGGCUGAAGCAGGCGGUGACGGACUGAGAUGUCCGGCUGGCCCCGCCCACAGGAGCCCGUGUGAUCAGACGGUGUUGUACGCAGGGAUGGAACUAAGGAAGACUAAUUCGUUUGCCGCGUGGCUCUUGCGGGUCAUCCUCCUGGUCGCCGUGGUUAUGUUGUCAUGCCGACCGGUGUGCGGGGGUACCCGAUCUCUGCGGGGAAGCACAGGUACGUACCAGGUAAAGCAGGGUACUUGUGAAGUGGUGGCCAUCCAUCGCUGCUGUAACAAGAACAAGAUUGAGGAACGCUCUCAGACUGUCAAGUGCUCGUGCUUCCCCGGGCAGGUGGCGGGCACCACCCGCGCCCAGCCGUCCUGCGUGGAAGUGUCCAUUGUCCUACAGAAGUGGUGGUGUCAGAUGCACCCGUGUCUGGACGGCGAGGAGUGUAAGGUCCUGCCAGAUCUGACCGGCUGGUCCUGUAGCACCGGCAACAAAGUCAAAACCACCAAGGUCACACGAUAGCAAGAACACGCCUGCCCCUCUAAGAGACCUAAGACUCUUUAACUAGGAAUUCCUAUUCUGGCACAACAGGCCCACUAAUACAAGAGACUCCUCGGUCACGGACACGGAAGAGAGCUGCACACGUCUGAUGGAUGGACUACUGUGUUGUACUCUGUAGCUGAUUGUACUGUCCAAUGAAAAGACUUGAUGGAGGAGUUCUGCACCAAUCUCUCUCUCUCUCUCUCUCUCUCUCUCUCUCUCUCCCUCUCUCCUCUCUCUCUCUCUC